UUUUUCAGGUAUUUAAAUUUGCAGACAUUCAGGCUUAUAAACAAUUUAUUUGCACCGGCAAUGGUAAUAAGGAGCUGAUAGGACUCAACGCCCAAUGGUUUAACAGGUUUAUCCAACAACGACUCAUUCUAAAGGUACCCUGAAGUAUAGAGAGACAUACACUCCCUUAAAGACCUUUAUGAACUGGAGUCGAUUUAUGUUACAGCCCCUUGCGAAUCCAGUGAGGUGGGAUCGCGUACAAAUGUCGAUGAUUAAUUUGGUACUAAAUGGGAUGUGUUGAUUAACAUGAACCACUUCCACCACAUAAGCCUGUAAGCUCUCUGUGCACGCCAUAAUCUCCAUCAGCAGCAAUAACUUGAGAAUGGCGGCAUUUUUAAUAGAUCCAAAAUAUUGUCAAACUUAUUUCAACCAAUAGCCAUCAAUUAAUAUAUAGGCUAAUAUGAUGACAAAUAGAAUUUACAACUAAAACGUUUAUGUGCGUUGAAAACCCCGUCAGCAGUAAAGUUCAAUCCCAUAAUACAGCGCUGGCUUGUUCAAUCCAACCCGAUCUCAAGACCCCUAAACCUAAACGUCACUGGGGUUUAGACAAAUCGUAUAAAAUCGUACGAGUGAGGUCGUACAAAUUCGUAUGAAUAAGCCACCUCGUAAAAUACGUACGAAUUGGUCGUGAGAUAGUGGUUCAAUUCAGUCUCGUUUGCUUUUUUUCAUAUUAGGCAAGAUGUGAAAGGUGGUGGCAGGGGCAGGUCUUUUGCAUUCAAAUGUUGGAAUGAUUGAAAUUGCACAAUUAAAUGAAUUGUCUAUAUUUAUUGUAGAACAUUCGCAGCAAAAUAUCGAUAUUUUGAGUUUUUAAAAGGUUGCAAGGCAUACGGCCGCCCGGUUAUGCACUGCAUUAAAAAUAUAUUUUUAUGUAGAGGAUCAACAACGAACACCAAUGGAAUUUUGGAAUACUGUAUCAGGAGUGUCUAGUGUUUCACAACAUGUUUGUAAGUUUUACUAAGAGGUUCGUAAAAUGUGCAUGUGCAUUUCAGAUUAAAAGGAUUUUGUGUCGAAUAGCCUAAUGUAUGCCUGGAAAGCGGUAUUGUACUGUUAAAAUGACUUUUCUCUGUUCAUUUUCCUUCCUCGCCAUUGUAAAACGGCAUAUGUCUGUACACAAACGGGGGAGGGGAAGUCUUUGCUUGUGAAGACCCGUUAUUUUCUCUUUCACGUUAGUAUGACGUGGGAUGGAGGCCUGCCUGAUCUGUGAAAAAAAAGUGGACCGCAAAAAGUAUGGAUAAUUUGUCUUUUUAACUCGCUCACACUUAUUAUGUAUUAGAGCAUGGUGAUUAACAUAGGCCUACAUUCUUUUUUUUCUUCUUUUUUUGUGUACACUUGUGUUUCUUGCAUUCUUAGCUCCUCUGACAACUCAUAUAUUGAUCUACAGUUUUUGUUGCAGAAUUUGAAUACGUGUAUUAAAUCGCAACUUGGACAAAUCUCCGAAGAUUUCUCAAAGCAUGGCUAAUACAUUUUUUUUAAUUCUGCACACAUGCAAUUACUUUAAAGAAUGUGCAUGAACACAUUAACACAGAUAGGCCUAUCUCAAGCACACAAAAUGACUAAAAGCAUUAGCUGAGUUAAUGUAUAAUGUGAUUUAUGUUGAUUACAGAUGCAAAGCAAAAUCAAAGAAAUAAUAAAGCACUAUACACAAUUGUUUUCGACUCUUUUUUUUUCUUCUUCUUCUGAACGAGUUUGGGGAUUGGUAAAAUACCAUCAUCGAUAUUUUCAUUCGGCUUUUAACUUGCCACUGUUAAAAAUGUUUGCUUCAAAUUCUACGUUUGAUCUCGGUUUAGUCAAAAUGCUCAUCUCACUGAAAUCAAUUGCAUGAUUUGCAGAGUGUAUGAUAUUUUAUGAUAUUUACAAGGAUAUAAAAGCAUUUAAAUUAAAAUGCAAUAAUAACAUCACGGCAAUGUUUAAUAUGUAAAAUAAAUUUUAAAAAGCACCACAUCAUUGUAUUUGCUGCCCAACAUACCCAUCUGUCAGCAUUAAUAUUUUUUUUCACAAGCAUAACAACACAAGUUGUAACAAUACUCCGACAAAAUGACUAAUAUUAAUUUCUAAGCAUGAAUUUAUCACUCGCGAAUUAUUUGCGCUAAAAGAGGUGGGAUUACAAUAGUAUGGUAAUUAGCUAGGGGGUGGGGUGGGGGUGGCCAUGGGUGGAAUAUCCAUUUUUAUUGCAUCACCUGUCAGUAACGUCCAAUCAGCGUUGGCUUUGGAGGCAUUAAUUGAUGAAGGUGUCUCCGGCCUUGCUCUGUUCCCACUGUCAUUUUAUUUGUGACUAAACCAGCAACGGUAAUAGCGGCUGCAUUUUGGGUUCUAUUUCUCUGUCUCUCCCUCUCUCUCUCUCUCUCUCUCUCUCUCUCUCUCUCUCUCUCUCUCUCUCUCUCUCUCUCCAUCUGUCGCUCACUUCCUCUCUUUUUCCCUUCCAUAGUCUCCUCGCUUUUUAUCCUUCUCCCUGGCAGUGCUGUUCACCUUCCUCUUUUCCUCAUGGCCAGAUGGGAAGGGAGCUGAGGGAGCGCAGGUAUACAGGAGCUCAGACAGGCAGCAGCCGGCCUGUCGGCAACAUCACACACAUUCCAUCGAUCAUGCAGUGCUCAGUGUGGACAUGUCAAAUCCCACGCUGGACCGGUCAGCAGAAUGCCUUGAAAUAAAGCAGCAGCAGUAAAGCUACUUUAAGGACAUCCGUCGCUCUAAAUGUUGGAAUUAAUGCAAUGAAGAAAAUGGGGGACUUGGAAUCCGGUUUUGAGGAAAUGCAAGGUGUAAAGCUGGGCUAUUUGGUUAUCAAAGGCAAACAAAUGUUUGCCCUUUCUCAAGUCUUCACCGACCUCUUGAAAAAUAUCCCGCGGACUACUGUACACAAACGUAUGGACCAUUUAAACGUGAAGAAACAUCACUGUGAUUUGGAGGAAUUGCGAAAGCUCAAAGCAAUAAAUUCUAUAGCUUUCCAUGCAGCUAAAUGCACUCUGAUUUCAAGAGAGGACGUGGAGGCACUGUAUUUUUCAUGUAAAACUGAGCGGGUAUUGAAAUCAAACAAAAGAAGGGAAAAGAGAAACAAUUCCUCAGAAAAAAUGUGUGAUGUCAAAAGCACCUCUGCAAGAAGUGACUUUUGGAGAGAGAAAGUUUGGUUGAGUUUGCAUGGCGUUCCUCAGACUUUCUCAUUCAAAAACAAAGCUGUUCGACAGGACCCUGUCCCUCGCACUCACUUCGAUCUACCUCAAAUUUACAGUAAAUCCUUCUGCCGUGACUUCCAACCGGUCACGAAGUCGAAAUCCACACCCUUUAAAAACUAUGAAACCGAUCAGAAACCUGACAACGGUGUGGCUUUUGAUCAGAAACGUACGCUUUUUCGGCACGUUGUGAAUCGGCAGCCGCUGCUCUAUCAGUCCGCCAUUGCAGCGCAGGCAAAGCACCAAGGCAACGCAGACCUACUUUACAAAAGGAAGAGGAAGCGCGAGAGCAGCGCGAGGCAGUUUUGGCCGAGGAGCAGACGAAGCCAUCAGGUUUUGGUCGUCCCAAAGUGCUGUAAACCAAAAGUUCCCAGUGGAUCUUUGAGCCAGUUUCACCUCGAGCAUGGAUUGUACGACGAUCCUCGGCACACCGGACAUUUUCAGGAAAGCUGCUGCAGCAGCGACACGGAAUCUAGCUCCGUCUCAGAACGGGUGAACAACGAUUCGGAUUUCGGGUCGAGUUUCUCAACCACCAGCAACUCCGGGACUUCAGAUGAGGAGGAGGAGGACGACGACGACUCUCUGUCGGAUUCUUCAGAUGUCAGUAGCGAUGAAGAGAGCUCCUCUCAGUCUGAUUCGAGCUCUGUGUCUAGUCAAGUUUCAGUGCAGAGCAUUCGUUUCAGGCGUGCAAGGUUCUCCAGUCUCAACACAAAAACACCUCUACUUUUACAGCCAACUUUUCACUACAGGCCUAAUGUGCAGAACAUCCCCACUAGCCAAGGAAUACGUACUUUGGAUUGUAAACGAACUGUCAAAAUUCAGAAAUCGGACUUUACAUCACCCACAGAUGGUGAUGCUGCGAAAAUCCAGAAGUUCUGCCCUGUGCGGAUAUGUUUCCCAGAUUUAGAGGGCUCUGAAGCACCAUCACGCCUUGAAUUUUCAAAUGAUCCAAAGACAACAGACUGUGACGCUUUCAGAAUUAAAGACACCGGGCUUACACCUAAUGCAAAUGGAAACAAUACAUUUCCCCAACAAAGAAUAACGGGUUCUGCAAACAGAUGCUCCCAAGCCUUGAUCUCCCACGGUGUUCCGGACAAAGAAAUAACGGGUUGUGCGUCUUCAGACAGCAAUCUUUCAUCAGCAGCAAAUUCCAAGAGGGAAGCAAAAACUUCCUUCAAACUGCCUUCACCUCUAAAACCUAUCAAAACAGAGACAGAGGAGCCCGUUACUACAUCAGGCUUUAACAAUGAGGGCAACAGGGCUGUAAAAACGCCACCAUUUUUACUCAGCAACGUGAAGAUUAAAGUCGAGGACACCUUUGACGAAUAUGAAUAUGCAAAUCAGUCUCCGGGAUAUCUAUGUAAGGAUAAUGACGCUGAUGAUCAGGGCAUCAGUGAUAAUUUAAAGGAAACUGACCAUUAUAAAGCCACAGAGACCUCUGUCCAAAAACACCCUGCUUGGAACGAGGACUCAAGAAGCACUUUAAACUCUCCUUGUUCCGAGGAAGGGGAAUCCAAGAAUGGUGCAAGGGUCCGGAAAAACUACAGAGCGAUGCUUUUGGGUAAAAAAGCUGAAAGUGUGAGGACAUCAGUUGCAAAAGUUGAACGGAGCCCCCGUGCUGCAGGAAAAUUCGCUUGCAGUGAGGGAUCGAACGAAGACUGUGCGGGCGCGAGCAAACGCAAACGAGCGAGCCCCAAUGUAGCGUCCCUGAAAAAGCCCUUCAGAUUGAUGGCGAAUUUCCCCUCUCCGCCGUCUCUUGUUAUUGGGAGCGAUGGAGAUUUGAGUCCCGCUUACUCUUUUAACUCUCUAGGAAGUAACCAGCUGCCUCUUCGUUCUCACCCAGUGUGGAGAUGGCAGCUCGGUCAUUCAGUUGUUCCUCCCCCUCCAAGCCACAAAUUCAGGAAAGCCUCUGUUAUUCCGUGAACUGAUGUUUUGAGCUCGGGUGGAAAUGUCUUAAAACCGUGACAAGAACUGAUUGCCUUUAGUUGUUUUAUUUGUUUUAUCAGUUUUCAAUGUAAACGUGUUUGGCCUGUUGUUAUGCAGGGCAUACCGCCCUCAUAUCACGGGCUGCUCUAUCCAUCGAGGUGUGAGACUCGGGAAUAAACGGAGGUAUUUAUAAUAAACUGGUCUAGCAAAAAAAAAAAAAAAAAAAAAACACUUGUUUUUUUAAAUGUCAGUACUGAGAUCGUGGAGCUGUUUUUGACCUGUUGAACGACUCUCAAGGAGCACAUGUUGGCUCAUUUUGCAUGCAGGCAGGGUUAACCAUCUCAUAUAAGAAUGGCGUUUUAGUAAUCGUCAGGUCUGUCUCAACUGAAAUGUUGUUUUUAAAACAUCUGAUUUUUUUCUGUAUAUUUUGAGCCAAUGUUUUGUAUGUUCCCUUUAUGCUUCAUCUAUAUACUGUAUUUCUGAAUUACUGUAGGCCGAUUAUUCAUGCCCUUCUUAUUUAUUUCAUGUGUGCUCCAAUUGUUGGCGCCUGGUGUUCACGCGCACGCAGAGCACCAUAACUCUCACGGUAGGCCCAACACAAUGCCCCUCUAACUGACAAUCGAGAGCUGUUUGAUUUGCACGAUGUAAUAGAGGGAAAAACGCCAAAUCAAGCGCCUUCUUUACCACAUUCAUAGCUUAAGGUAUAGAACAGCUAAAGCACAAAUGUACCAUGCAUUGCACUUUGCUAAUGCCCAUUAAAGUGAAUCAGUUACGUAUGUUUUUAUAUUUCGAUUUUCUUACGCGAAAGAGCCAUCGCAAGUUAACCCCAAAAAACACACGACCUUUUUUAAUUCAUUAAUUCUUGGUGCUAUUUCCAAUAUGCUCUUUUGCUUUUGAGAGGAGGUUUAUGUUAGUCGUUCAUUGUAAAUUUUGCCGGUUUAAACGGAGCGACAUAUAGGCCAGACAACUGCAAACAACAGUGUUUUUACAUACAUGACGAAAUCAAAGAAAAAAGACCUUGGUGCUUAGUUUAGUAUACACACAUUCUGGUCAGGGUAUACUUAGUAAAUGUUUAUUUAUAUUUGACUCAAGUAGCCUUGUCCUUUUCAGUGUUUUGAUUGUAUUUUGCUUUACUAGGCCCACAUUUUCCAAGGAUAUGGAUUAUCUUGGCACUGGAAAGCAUAAUGUUGAAAACAUUUAGUGUUCCACUAGAGUACCCUGCCCCAUAAAUGCCUUGUGAUGAAUGUACUGUGACUUCCCAUAUUUGUUUACUUCAGCAAAAGCAGCCUGCCUCCAAAACAGGCUUUUAAAAGCAAAUUCUAGCCUAUCUGUGAUUGGAUCAGACAAUGAGAUAAAUUCAUAAUUUUGGGAUUAUAAGGGACAGAAAUAUUAAACUGCAUUUUAAUUUUCUACACAAAAACAUACGGACAUAAAUGAGCACAGACUUUGUAGAUUUGUCUUAAGCAAGGCUAACGGGUUCACGUGAUUCUGAGAACAAAUGUAAUAGACUUUAAGGUUAUUUAAGUAGGCCAUUGCGUGUAAUGUUUUGAUUAACGUGUACAAGUGGGGAUGGACAUUUUGUAGCCUAUUGAGUAAAAAUACAUCGCUUUGUGAAUGUUCCAAUAUGCGAUAUGGCCUGACACUCUUGACAGGUGAAGGGUUAAAAUAUAGCCUAGGGGUUCUAUAUUUUUGUAACAUGACUAUUUAAUGUCUGCUCUCUCGAGCGUGUUUGUUCCGUUCUGUAAAGUGCACUGCGGACUGACAGAAUACCGAUGUCGUCCCGACUUCAGAGAAAACUAGCCAAAUUAAACCGAAUGUAGCGCACACAUCACAACCCCAUUAAGUUAAAGAAAUUCAUGAUGAACAGAAAUGGGAAAAUGGGCGGCGCCUCACUGUAAACAUGGUCGGUUAGGAAUUAUCUGGUCAAGGUGGACUUUUUUUAUCUUUCUGCUUUUGCUACAAUACUUGAGGUCAGAUUUUGACAUGAUUCUUUUUUUUUUUUCUUAAAUUGAAGUCACUGGUUGUUUAUAAAAAUGCAUAUUUAUUUUUGUGAUUUUCCUGCUUUUUGUAUACCAUUGUUGUAUAGGAUAAAUGCACUCGAAAUGAAAACUUGAAAACGUGAGGUGGAUUUUGAAGCACUUUCUUUGACUUUUUAUCGUGAAACUGUUCAUUAAAUAUAGGCAACAUA